UAUAUAUUCUGUUAAAUCCGCUUUUGCUUUUGAGAUGCAAGAGUUCAUUGGAGAAGUUAAGAAAAAAGCACAAGAGGUAUAUGGAGUCAAUGUUCAGAAAGCGAUAUUCGUGUGCAAUAAAUUGGAUGAGGUAUCAAUAGGAGAAAAGGCAAGUGUCAUCACGGACACAGUCGAGCGAUUAAAGCAGCUCUGGAAUGGAUUGGACUCAAAUCAGAUCAUUCCAUUUUCAACAACUGAGGCACAGUGGAUACAGGACCAAGGGGGCGUGGCUCCUAACUUCAGAAAUCUGUUGGACAAACUUGCACUCCUGAUUCCUACUGCGCAAUACGUUACCACACUGAGUGCGAAAACGUGUGCAUGUUCAUGUUGCACACCAUAUCGUGUGCCGAUUGAGUGCAAAUGCUGCACAGAAUACCCAGAGCUGAUGGAAAGGAUGGACGAGGCAGGGGUAAAGUGCAUAACUGAGCACACUGGCUUCAAAGCUAACUGUCUACAUCCAGAUGUCAUUGAAGUUUCGUUUUAUGAGUUCCUUGAUGUAAAUGGUCCCAUCGGUGAUGAAGAACCAAUACAUGAGUAA